CGCGCGCUCGCCUCUGCCCCCCGCGCCCCUUUCAACGGCUUCCCUCGCGCCGAGUUUGCGCAGGCUGACCCGAGGGGGGGCGGGGGGAGCGGGUCGGGCAAGGCGGGGCGGCUUUUGCGGCGCUUCCUCCCCUUUCCUUCCCCUCCUUCCAAUCCGUUACCCGCUACGCCCGUUCCUCCACCCUCCCCAGCCGUCCUCCUUCGGCCGCCGGCCAAUUUCUCACUGGUCGCUGCGGAGAGGCCAGUGUAUGUGCGGCAACAACAUGUCCGCCCCACUUCCUGCCAUCGUCCCGGCCGCUAAGAAGGCCACCGCCGCGGUUAUAUUUCUUCAUGGAUUAGGAGAUACGGGGCAUGGGUGGGCAGAAGCAUUUGCUGGCAUCAGAAGCUCACAUGUAAAGUAUAUUUGUCCACAUGCGCCAGUUAUGCCGGUUUCACUAAACAUGAACAUGGCUAUGCCGUCUUGGUUUGAUAUCAUCGGGCUAUCUCCAGAUGCACAGGAAGAUGAAGCUGGUAUCAAACAAGCAGUAGAGAAUGUGAAAUCACUUGUAGAACAAGAAGUAAAAAAUGGAAUUCCAUCACACCGAAUAAUCCUGGGAGGAUUUUCUCAGGGAGGAGCUCUAGCACUAUACACAGCUCUCACAACACAACAGAAACUAGCAGGUGUUUUAGCACUCAGCUGUUGGCUUCCAUUGAGGACUACAUUUCCUCAGGGCUCCAUUAAUUGUGUCAACAAAGAUAUUCCCAUUCUCCAGUGCCAUGGUGACUGCGAUCCUUUGGUUCCACUGAUGUUUGGAUCUCUUACCUCUGAGAGGUUAAAGACCAUGAUAAAUCCUGCCAAUGUAACUUUCAAGACUUAUUCAGGCAUGAUGCAUAGCUCGUGUAUUGAGGAAAUGAUGGAUGCAAAGCAGUUCAUUGAUAACCAUCUACCUCCAGUUGAUUGAAAUUUCAUCAAAGGCCUUCUCUUUAAAUGCACCAGCAUCACCUGUACUAGAUUGUUACUUUUCAUUCAACCAAUUAUGAAGCAUUUCUGUGCCUACAGUGUUAACUCUAUUGUAUAUGUACCAACAGCAGCGACUAGAUAGCCUAACUUUAAAAGAAAUGAUGCUCUUUCCAAAUUUCAUUGGCCACUGUAUAAAAUGUAAGGCAGGCAACAUAUGUUUUGGAAUAUAAUUAAGCCUACUUUUUCCAUUCUUCAUUUCUUUAAAUUUAACUGUCCAUUUUCAGUGGAAGACCUCUGGCUUAAUGGUUUAAAUGAAAACAAAUUGAUAUGUUCAAAACCUAUUUUAUUACUGCUUGUUAAAUUGACAUUCAUAUAUCAUACAUGCAGUAUGUUAAGCCAAUAAGCAUGCAGUAGUAGAAUAAGCAUUCUUAAUGAGGAUUAUCUUAAAGGUCAAGUUCAACCAAUAUUAUUGCAUGUGUAACAGAAGACUUCCAACCUUUACUUAUCCCUUUGCAGCAAUGUAAGUCAGUGUCAUUUUCUACUGUGUGCUGGGUGGCUUAAAAACAGUAUAUAAUUUCUGGAGAAAGGAAUCUCAUGUAACUGCCCUAAGAUAAAGUAUUUGUGGUAAAAAUAGGGGGAAAGUUCACUAUGUAGAAAUCAUUUAUUGUAGGUUGUAUCCUGGAGAAAAGUUCCUGUAACAUAGGGGUGGGACAGCUUUCAUUGGUCCCUCCCAUCCACAGACCUCCAUUUAUGUUGUCGUGCUGUUCCUAGGACUGCCAUUUCCAAGAUUAUUUGGGUAUCAAUGGCAGGAGGAGUCAAGGAGGUUUUGUUCUGUUUAUGGACUACCUUCCAUCAGUAGAGAUGGAAAGGACAGAGAUUUACCAUAGGAUCUAAGAAUUAAGAAUUCCCAUUUGAGUUCAUGUUUUAUGAAUUAUCAAGGAACAAACAAUUUGUAUUAAAUUAUUUUGUAUUCCCCCAUCGGAAUUCCAAACAACAACUAAUAGCUAAUGUCAGACAAAGAAGUAUUCUUGUACCUUGCCAAAAUGUAUGCUACCUUAAUAAUAUGCAAAUAACUCAGCUCCUUCCUGCAUUACUCCUUCCCGUAGAAACUCAGAUAAAAUGUGCUUCAGAAAUUUCCUGGUAAUAGAAUAUUCAAAACAAUGUUGCAGAUUUGGCAAAAUGAAUUUCGGACCAGCAUUGCUUUCUGGACCAGCAUCAUGGUCCCAUUUUACUGAUUGCCUGAGCGCUGCACUGCUGCUACAUAUCUGAUUAUCUUCAUAAUGUUGCCGUUGCUUGUUUCUUUACAUUUUUUAUGCAUAUGAUUUCAUUUCCUAUUUGUAAACACAUAGUCAAUUAUACUGUGGGCUGUUGCAAGUUUUUAAUUAGUAAAAGUAAUAGCUGGGGCUAAGGUGCUCCCAGGGCUUACCCUUGCCCCAAAAUUGGCACUUCCAUCUACUUGUGGGUUUCCCCCAGUUUGUGAAUCACAUUCCUUGAAUUUUGCUAGGGUUUGUGUAGCUACCCAAAUUGAAGCCACUUCGAUAUUUCAGCGGAAGCAAUUGAUUCCUGUUCUGUACUUCUUCAGAUGUGGGGCUCAAGUUUCUGCUCUCCUAUAUGUAAUUUUUUUAAAUUGCUAUUCACUGACAUAAUGAGGGUGUCAAUGGUUUGAUCUAACAGUCUUGACAUGCUACCUUACUAAGUAUAAGAUGGGAUGGGCCAAAUGAAGGAGGAAUGAAACAUGCAAUGUUUCCACUUGCAGUGGUACAGUCCAGGAACAGCUUGACUUCUUGAACCUGCUGUGUAUGUAUAAAUGGCUGUUAUUUAAAGAAAGUAGAUGCUUUUGUAAUCAAAGCCUUCUCCAGUAUCUCAGUAUUUGGAAUCUGCAGGAGUUGGCAUACACUUGAAUAUAGAACCAAUGUGACUUUCCUCAGUGCUUGUCCUGUUUACUGGUGAAUUCCUUUUCUAUUUAAGUAUUGGUUUCUAGAGGAGGAUAUUACUUAUUCAGUGAUCUCUAGCUAAUAUGUGGAGGACUUUGCUUUCUUGAGUGGUUGGCAUACUUAAAAUAUAUUUGGAAUAUUCAUAUCCAUGAUGAUUCAUAAGUCAGUUAUGCAAAUAGAUAAUCUGUUUUAUAGUGACUUGAUGGCACUUAACAUACACAGUUUUUAUCAGUCUAAACCAUAUGAAACUACUGAAACCAACAUAGUAGUUUAUCCCACAAAAGAGAUAUUUAUGUCUUCUAAUAUUGUGCCUAAAAUUUCAGAUAUCAAAAUAUGAUAUUCAGUAUUAAUGUUAUUUGGGUGAAUAAUUGCCAAACUGAUAAUAGACAAUUUUAUCACAGCCCAAAUACUGUUACAUCAUAGGCAAAACUACUGGCUUCUCUGGGAGUUUUAUCCCUGAUAGGAUGUAGCCUUUAGCUUUUCCUUCUAAAUAUUGUAUAACAUUAAUGCAGGAAAUUGAAGGAGAACAAUUCUCUAACUUGCAUCUGUUAAUUAAAUGUUUGCUUUAAUGAAGUGUGUUGUACUUCAUUAAACUAUAAAAUGCAUCUUUUUAUAAAUAGGUGCUACUGAAAAAUAAAGAGUAUAGUUUUAAGAAUGUAUUGAAUAGGAUGUUUAUGAAGCCAUACGUGUAGGCUGGGUAUUUUAUAAACCUAUUUAAUUUGGCUUUCCUAAGGUGUAGAAAUGCACAGUUAAUAUAAAAAUCAAGAUGUUACCUUAUAGUUAAUGGUAGCAAAUCUGUUGUUGAAAUGGCUUUCUUGUAGUUAAAUUGUAAAUCUUUCUGUUACUGUGAAAUAAAUUCUGAACAAUC